UUAAUCAGCGUGUUACAAACGUCCGUGUGGGCCUCGGAAGCCGGCGACGUAUCGAUAAAGCCGGAUUCGUUAAUGAAAGUUUCAGUUCAAAAGAUAUCUGACACUCUAUCACUUCAUCGAGCUCAAGAACGGUGCACAAUGGUCCGCACAAUCGAAAGUCCCGCAGUUCCGUUCGUGUCCUUCAUGGACACUGAGUGGAUACAGGAGAUCACAAUCAAGGGGAGAGCACCAGAGGGAGCAUCCAGAUUCACCGUGUACCUCCAACACGGACCGGAAGAUGAACCGCACGAGGUGGCGUUUGUGUUCGAUGCUCGGUUUCACUACGGCGCGUCCCACAACAAGAUCGUGACCAACUGCAAGAAGGAGGGCACAUGGGGUACGGAGGAAGACGGCGAUUGCCCUUUCCCGUUUCAUCACGGACAGGAUUUCAAGAUCAAAAUCACCGUGGAUGAUGACUCCUUUAAAGUGAAGGUCAACGGUGAAAAGUUCCUUGAGUAUGAACAGAAGCUGUCCAUGAAGUCAAUCAACUGCAUCCGGAUACAGAAUGACGUUCACCUUCACCAAGUCAAACUGGCCUAAAUGGUGACAUAAGAAGGUCUCCGCAUGUGGUGUUGCACAUAGUCCUACAGACGCUUGGCAAAUAUAAGCGAACAGAAACCCAGAAAGGUCACAAUAAAAUGCAGCUUAUUUCAUUUUAACGUUGACGAUAUUUAUCUGUUAAAUUGCAUUGAUCAACAAAGGGUACAUGUACUUAAGGCAUUAUUUUUGUAUUAUGUGCGCAACCAACUGUUUAAUAUAUGAGUAUUAAAAAUCAAAUUGUUA